AAGAGUGAGUAAUUGUAAUUGUGCAAUAAACUCUCUCGUGUUGUGUGGGAGUGUCAGUCUUUAAAAGUGAGAGUGCAGGCCGCCGUUAGACACACAACCGAGUGACUACAGCAGACUCUUGAUACCUUCACUGACACUGCUCUUCACAAUACAGACUCAGAAUGAUGAAGUUCAUCACAUCAGCCUUCGUGCUUCUGAUCUGCACAGCUGCACUGCUGUCCACAACAGAGGGUAGAUCGAAACCCAUGCAUCCACGCUGUGAGUGCAUUCAAACAUAUUCAGGGCCAGCAAUCCCUUUUGGAAAAAUACGGUCAUUGAAGGUGACUCCUGCUGGACCACAAUGCAAAAAUGAGGAGAUCAUUGCAACAAUGAAAAAACAAAUGAUGUGUCUCAAUCCUACAAAAGCCUGGGUGAUUUCUCUCAAAGAAACAAUCAACAAGAGAGUCGAGAGCCAACAGUGAAUGAAUAUCACCGUUCAAAGAGUAGCUGAAGAAACUGGUUCAACUAUUACUACUGUAUUAUAGAAUUGUUUUAUUUUGUCAUCUCUGGGUGAUAAAUGAAGUAUUGAAUGUGAAGAUGUGCUUUCUCUACCACCUGUUUUAUUAAAGAUGAACUUUACUGUAACCUUGCCUGACCGUCACUAUAUUUUAUUAAAUGAUAUUUAUUGUUAUUGUGUCACUGAAUUGUAGUUUUAUAUGUUCAGAUAGUUUUGUAUUGGUUUUGAAUGAAG